AUGGCAACUGCACCCAAGAAGCCGACCGCGGUGAACGCCGGAACGAUGGAGGCGGCUUUCCGGUUCCUGGCAGAAGAGAUCCGGCAAGAGAUGCGGGCUGAAAUGAUGAAGGUUGUCGAGUCGACGGUCUCCUGCUGUGCCAGCAUCUGCAUGGACAGAAUGCAAGCUCUUAGAGCUGAGCUCUUGUCCGAGUUCGAGGAAGCGAGUCAGCAGAAUGCCACCGCCGCGGCUAACCCGGUGAAGUCUGCCGCAGACGAGGUCAGACGGAGGACAAGCUUCUACGAGCUCUACACUGCCGACGAGGAUCAUGACCUCGACUGCGACAAGGAGAACGAUGAUGACUUGGCCAGCGUCUAUGAUCACUUGGAGCGCUGCAAUCGCCGGCGAAGCAGCGCCCACCCCGUCCCAGUGCUUCCGUCGGGCCCCUUCCUCGCACCGCCUGUGCAAAAGGAGAGCUCUUUGACGACUUCAGACGAGGAGCUCACUCCAGCUGUGCCACAGACUGAUGUGCACCGGCUAGGCGCGCGUCGAAAUAGCUCUUUCGAGAAGAUCGUGCCCAUGGUGCCCCUGCACGACUUCCUGCAGGGAGCCGCCUCGCCACGGCCCGCCGUGCCUGCUGAGGCAUCAACGGCCCUCGCAGAUCGUGUCGCAUGGCUGGAGUUCUUCCUCUUCCCCGGCGCUGCGCCCAUUGCAAAGUCCACAUUGUCGCUGCCGGAGCGUGUGAAGUUACUCGACGGCCACAUCUGGGGCCGCGAUGCCGAGAUCGUUGAGGUCUUAGAGAUGACGGCGCGAGUUCAGCUCGCUGAGAGAGCUCUGAUGGGCUCUGUGAGCAAAUGA